AAUUUAGCGCGAAUCGCCGGUGUAACUGUAAACAAAAAUAAUCUGCAUUUUUCAAAUUUUGUGAUUUUUUAAUCUACUGUUCGAAGAAAAUAGAGAUCUCUUCUGACAGUUGCAGUAACACUAGAUUAAUAGUACAAUAACCAGAAUGUCGAAAAAAGGAGAAGAGUACAUGUCAGCGGAGGAGCUGAGAAAUAGACUUUAUCACAGUCUUCGUGACAAGGGACUUGUCAAUUCUAUGAAGAGUCAAUUAAGAACAAGCUUAGUUAGUGAAUUAAAGAAGUCAGUUAAUGGUAGAUUGUCAAUAGAGGAUCUAGAAGUUCCGGAGUCUGGCUCCCUGUUACACCGUGCCUCUAAUUCAUUAGUGGCAGAUCAUCUACACAGCUGUAAAUAUGACUACACGUACAGCGUGUUCCUACCAGAGUGUGGUAUUGAUAAGGCUAAGAUGUUAUCUAAUGAAGAUAUUCUACAGUUACUGAAGAUCAGUCCUCAGUCAAGACUCUUCAAGAAAAUGACAUUAGAUCAUCCUGGGAAAUCAAGAAAAGGGUUUCUAUGGCAACUACUGAGUGAACUUUGUGCAAUACACAGUCAGUCAAGUCAGUCUGCAGGCACACAGACAGAUCUUAUCAAAGUUGCUACAAUCUCUACAUUAGAUGAGAAGAUGAAUGUCCUAGAUGACCUAUUCAGUUCAAGACGAGAGGAGCAGUAUAGAACUGGGGCAACAGCUCUAGAGGACAGAUUGUUGAAGUUCCAGAGACAAUUAGAGGAGAGAUUUAAAACAGAACUUAAACUUGAGGUAUCCAGAGUGAAAGAUGAUGAAGUUGCUAGGAUACGACUAGAGGAAAAGGAAAAUUUUAGAAGAGAACUUGACAAGGCUAGAAAAGAUUUAGAACGUACUUAUCAGUCUAAAUUUGAUGCUUUGGUUGUACGUGAGAGGAAUGCAACAGAGAGGUUACAGAGAGAACAAGAGAUGCAGGAAAAAGAAAUCUACAAUCAGCGACAGUCUAUACUUGAGGAGAUAGAGGCUGUAAGACAGAGGGAAGCUGCCAUUAAGAGAGAAAGUGAAGUUUUUGGAAGGGAGAAGCAUUUAGACAAGGACAGAGUUAAAGCCCUUGAACAGGAUUUGAGACGUAGAGAAAUGGAGGUCACACGUAAAGAGCGUGAAUUCGAUCAGAGAUUGGAGAAUGAAAUGACCAAAUUUAAAGUGGAAUAUCAGGCUAAAUUUUUAGAGAGAACACAGAAUAUUGAGAUACGUGAAGGCACCUUAAGAGAAAAUGAGAAACGAGUGUCAGAAGACCAGGGUAAAAUAGAAUCUAUGAAGGAAGAGCUGAGAGACAAAACUUCCAGGGUCAAUGAACUUGAGACAUUGCUGCAAGAGGCAAGACAUAAAGAAGUUGGUGCAACCAAACAUAAUGAGUUCCUGAAUGCCAAGCUAAGAGAUAUGGCAGAUUAUGCAUCCAUUAAAGACCAGAACAUUACAUUUAGAACAGAACUGGAAAACUUGAAAACGAGAAUGGCUGAAAUCAUGCAGUUGAAUGAGAGGGAAAGAAUACGUCAAGAGGAUUUGCUAAGGGAAUUAAGAAGACCAACUGCAAUGUCAGAAUAUGUAGAUAGAAGUGAAUCACCUAGACAUGAUAGAUCAUCGUAUGAUCGUCGGCGACCAAAAAGCACUGGAAGAUAUGAUGAGAUACCUGAUAGAGAUGACCGGUUACUGCGUCAGUUUGAGGCUCAAACUUUACAGAUGAAAGAAAUGGGACAGGAGCUGGUAGAUGUUAAACAGACACUACAAUAUACUCAGAAAGCUCUUCACAAUGAAGUGUACAGAAAACCUCAGGAUGGUGAUACUUCAAGACUUGUGUCUUUCAACGUUUCUCGGAGGUCAAAGGGUGCAGCAGUCAGUGAUGACAGUGACAUUGAACUUUCACACAGAGGUCGUCGUAGAGGUCGUAGAAGUAGAACGCCACCUGGUGUAGACAGAGAUGAUGUAUAUAAUGAUGUUGACUUAGAUGACUUUAGCGCACCAAGAAUUUCCACAGAUUUUACGACAGAUGGCGAUGAAUCGUCCAAUCACUCGGCAGACAUUAUCGCUGAUACUAAAUAUAGAUUGAAAAGUUUGGAAAAAGAAGCUCAGAACUUGGAGAAGGCAUAUGUAGACUUCCACUACCAGUUAACCAACCCUGCCUCAGUACCAGAUCCAACAAGACAUUCCUUCAGAAAGUCACAGUCAGAAAGAUCUGCUAGCAAAGGUCAUCAUAUGCCUUCACCAGCUGCCAGUCCAAUAUCUAAUGCUAGACCAUUAUCAUCUACACCAUAUCAUCAAACCAAAAUAGCAUCUGCUGAUGACGGUGAUGUAAGCACAGACAGUCUAACAGAAUUGAAGGGAUCUUCAUCCUACAACAGAAAGAAACCAUCAGGUCAGGAUAGUGUGCCUAAAUUCAGUCUUUCAGAUGUCUCAGAUGAUGACUUAAAAAGCCAGGGAGAGCGUGUAGAGAGGCCCCGUCCUAUUACUGUAGAUGAUCUUGAGGCCCGGCCAGGUUCACCAAGUAUAAUGGUGGUACAGGCAGAUCCAUCAAGCGAUGGAGGAAACUCACCCAAAGAAACAGUGUCAGUGCCUCCAAGUGCAAGUUCUAGCCAACCUGAGGCAAGGGAAGUUACUCAUCCUCCUUCCAAAUUACCUCCCUUAUCACUGGAUACAGCCUGGAAGAAACCUGCACUUGAUGAUGCUUGGAAGACAGAGGAGCCAACUAAGGAAGAAAAACAAAGAGAACAAGAGAUUUGGGAGGAAGAACAGAGGAAGAAGGAAACAGAGAGAAAGAAGAAGGAACAAGAGGCCUGGGAGAGAGAGCAGAGGGAGCUGGAGCAGUUACAGAGUGGACAAAUACCAGAGAUUGGAGCUGGCACUGGAGAGGCAGUUGCUGAUGAAAAAUCUGAGAAAUCUGAAGAAAUUGAUCCUGUGAUGAAAAAGUAUAUGGAGCUUGUACAGCAACAGAAAUCUGCACCAGCCAAACCUGAAAGACAAGAGUCUGCCUCACAAGUAGAUGAUGAUAUCUCGUUGACAGAAGAGGUUAAAAGUGACAAUGAAGAUGAAUCUGCUGAUGAUUUUAACUGGUGAGCAGAGAGAUUUCUACAAACACACAAUGAUACUUGGAAAAAUAUACAAACUAACUUAUGAACCAAACCUUGAGAAAUACACUUUAAAUAAGGUCUAAUUUAUUACCACCUUCAUAAAGGAAGUGGAUAAGUGUUAAACUAUGUUUGAUCAUUUUUCAUCAAAAAAGCUUCAGUAAAUCUAGCAGUGUUGGCAAUUGCGCACAUUUUCUUUUUUUUAUCAGUUGACAUUUUUGCAACUUUUAUCAUUUGCAACUGGGCAGUGAUAUAAUGCUAUUAUAUUUAUCUAGCAACAAUUUCAAGAUUAUUUAAAUUUAUGAAUGUACUGUUCUCAUGAUUUUUGCUACCAUAAAAAGAAGGAAAUCAUUUCCAGGGUUUACAGUACGUAAAUUACAUGUAAUCAUGUAAAAGCUUAACAGUGGUAAAAGUACAGCAACAGGUGAACAAUCCUUGUUUCCAAUGUUAGUUUAUAAGAGACAUGUUGGAAAUGAAAUUGCUGAUUGUAAAAAUCUACGUAGAGGAUUGGUUAACCUUUUUGUCUUUUACACAUCUUUGGGAUGAGUUUAAUGAUGCAUCUUUUUUAAGGAGUGGGAACUACUUUCAUCUCAUUGUAUUUUGGCUGUUUUUAGGGAUUAUUUUUUUGUCAGCAAAAAAACUUUUAACCUUUAGUCUUCUGGUGGCAAGUGAUUCUGCCUUUGAAUGAUGGAUCAGUCCUUUUUAAAAAUUUAGCUGGGUAAAGGUUAAAAGGCCAUACCUCUGGAUUAUAUCAAUUCUUUCCAAAAUAAGAAAGUGUUAAAAAUUUUUUAGUUAGUUAUUGUUGUUUAGGAAAAAAUGCAAAUAUAGUUAAGGCCUAAAAAAAGAAUUGUUUGUUUCCGGUAUCCUGACUUAUCCUUAAAAUUUGCCGCGACCCAAAAAUAUUUUUAUGGCGGAAAAAAAUCGAUAUUUUUCGCUAUUUUUUUAAUACUUUUCGCUUUGUGUUGCUCUUUCUUCAUUGUAAAAAAAAAAAAUUUUCCUGCCUACCCUAUUUUUUUUUUUGCCAUGUUACCAGAAACAAAAAAAUAGUUUUUUUAGGCCUAACCAGCAGGUUCUUUGCAGUACUUGUAACAAGUAUUGUGUAGUUUUUUUUAAAGUUUAUGGACCAGCUCUGGCAUUAGUCACUCAAAUGAGUAUUAAUCAUGGUAUAACUGGACAGAGCCUUGCAUUUUAUCAUUUUAUUCAACUUAUUUAAUAAAUUCAAAAUGAAAGAUCCUUUUAGUAGCUAUACACAUAUGUUUUAAAAUUAAGAUGGUCGUCUGGUGGCAUGUUCCCUCAAAUAAGCUUAGGAAAUUCAAACCUUUAUCUUAAGUUUACUUUGAGUCAAUGAUAAUCUCUUUCAUCAUGAUUUAUCUUGGUGCAAGUAAUUAUAGAUUGAAAUGUUAAGGAAAUGAUAAAUAACAAAUGUAGAGUGCAGUAAUUGAGAAUAUUGACUAAAACUACAUUUUCUUUGAAAUCGGGCAAUAUGUACUCCAUUUCACUGUGCGAGGAGUGGACUUAUCCCACACUCUAUUGAUUUAGUGAAAGUUGUAUUUACAUUGGUCUCUAAAUACAUUAGAAUGUCAUUUUGCUUUUGAGCUAUGGAAUAUGCAUCAAUCACACUUCUAAUUAUUGUGUUUGUUUGGUUGUUUCCCUCUUAAUCACAGGCUUACAUCUGGUAUUCUAUGUGUACUUGCACCUGUUAAAGAAAAAAAAAAAAACAGUUCACUUUAUAGUUAUGUAAGAAUUUUGUUAAAAUAAAGUCCGUUAUAUAGUGAAAUUGCCUGAAUAUAAAGUUCUUAUGACAACUGUCAAAGAAAAAUAGAAAACUGAUUAAUAUCAUGUCAAAAAGCAAUUUAUAUGUUUACUCUAUUAUUUUAGUCUCGCAUUUCUGUGAGGCAGUCGAAGAAGGUUUUAAACUUUCGUAUAGUUUGUAUAUCUUUAAAUUCGAUAAUUCAUAAAUAUUGUAAAGAAGAUUCCACAAUUGAUGUUUAUAUGGAUAAAGUUUUAUGCAAAAAGGUUUUAAUGCUGUCUUUGCAUAAGGGUAAAUGAAAUCUACACCAGAUGGUUCAGUGUGAUAGCUUUAACAGUUUCCAAGCAUGUUAUGGUUUAGGAGAAAAAUUGAGCCGCGUCAUGAGAAAACCAACAUAGUGCAUUUGCGACCAGCAUGGAUACUAUUAAUCCUGACCAGACUGCGGGUAUGCGCAGGCUGUUCUGGAUCCAUGCUGGUCGCAAAUGCAUUAUGUUGGUUUUCUCAUGGCGCGGCUCAUGUUUAGCAUUCAGGAAUGGUCAGAAUUUGAAAGUUGCUUUGGUCAUGAGAACUUGUGAAAAAUAUAAUUGUCACAGAUCUUUUUCAAUUAAUAGUAAUUUCGAAAAGACUAUGGAUAGCUUUAUGUAUAUCUGUCACUAUAUAGAUAUUGUUAAUACUUCAGUCAGUGAAAAGCCAGUUUAAUUUCACUGUGAGUGCAGCUGCUAAUUAUAUGAAUUUUAGCAGAACAAUUUGUGUGCUAUUUGUAUACACAUAAAAUGUUAGUAGAUUGUUUUAAUUUAGUAUUUUAAGCAAACUGUGAUCCAUAUCUUUAUAUUAUAAUUAUGUAUUGCAAAAUGUAUAUGUUUGUGAUACUUGAAAUAAAUAGUAAAUAAAGUGAAAAA